UUGCUGUGAAUCGAGUAGAUAGGCGCUCUGCUUUGUGGCUGCACGCCGAUUGCCGGAGAAAGUGUCUGCUUUAUAAACACGGAGCUGAGGCCGGAUCAGAGCAGACCCGAGAUUUGCCUGUAGGAUCAUAAUUGGUCACGUGUUCUCCCCACGCGUGGGUCCUUCCCAUCGCAUUGCCGGUUGACAAGAAGUAAAUGAAAAUGUCCGGAGUAAAAAGGGCCAUUGAAGACAAGGAUCCGGAUUACGAAGACAUCUUGGUCGUGCAUCAUAGUAAACGCCACAGAGCAAUUGAGUCCUCAGCUCGCGAUGCUACCAUCCAGAAGAUUGAAGCCAUUGUUAAAGAACAGUUUGCUGUUGAAUUGAAGAAUAAAGAACAUGAAAUUGAAGUUAUUGAUCAGCGCCUUAAUGAAGCCAGACGGAUGAUGGAUAAACUCCGCGCAUGCAUUGUCGCCAAUUACUACGCAUCUGCAGCACUCAACAAAGGCCAUGAGGGUUCUACAGAUUCAACAAUUCUAAACCAUCCAUCUAUAAAGAAGUUUUUGGAGUCCCCUUCCAGAGCUUCAUCUCCUGCUAAUAACCGUUCCGAGACCCCAUCUGCUAAUAACUCUGAAACGGAAUCUGUUUGUACCCAUAAUGAGUACUUGGAUAAAGAUGGUGCUAAUGAUGUAAAGACAACAGCUGGCAACAAAGUGGUACCGAAGGCCGAUGCCAAACUUAGAAAGGAUUCACUCACAGCAGAAAACAUAGACCAGCAAAAUGAAGAGUUUGCAAGGGCUGAAGAUGCUAAUCGCCGUUUUGUCAAGAAAACCAUUGUUGUUGGAAAUGUCUCAAAAUAUAUUCCUCCGGACAAAAGGGAGGAAAAUGACCAGUCAACCCACAAGUGGAUGGUGUAUGUGAGAGGCUCUAGGAAGGAACCAAGUAUUGACCACUUUGUGAAGAAGGUCUGGUUUUUUCUGCACCCAAGUUACAAACCUAAUGAUCUGGUGGAAGUCCGAGAGCCUCCAUUCCACUUAACACGGCGUGGUUGGGGAGAAUUCCCGGUUAGAGUGCAAAUUCACUUCAAGGACAGCAGGAACAAGAGGAUAGAUAUAAUCCACAACUUAAAGCUGGACAGGACCUACACUGGUCUGCAGACCCUUGGAGCAGAAACGGUUGUGGAGGUCGAGCUUUACAGACACUCCUUUGGAGAAGAUGCUCUCUACUCCCAGUCAUCGAAUGAGUCUUGCCAGUCAGAUAGAAGUACUCCUUUACCUGCCCUGGUUAAAACCUCUUCUCCAGUCAAAGGGGGGCAUGAUUCCAAUGAGAAGGGUUUUACCAUGGCUCCUGAACCAUCAUAUUACCCCCAUCCUGCAUCACUUGAGCGCACACCAACCAAAAUGACCCAGAGGUUCACAUUCGGAGCUCAUGGCAACACCGCUUUCCAGCCGAUCACGGCCAGCUGUAAGAUUGUGCCACAGGGGCAGGCGUCUACCUUGGCAGAGUCGCCUGGGAAAUCUUUCCAGCCGAUCACAAUGAGCUGCAAGAUUGUGUCAGGAAGUCCCACCAGUAAACACUCCAGUGCGUCACAAGCUGUUAGUGGAACACAAUCUCCAGUCCUAAAGGUUCAUGGGAGCAAUAUUACAACCCCAACAAUUAAGCAGGAGGAGUCCAUGUUUGCUGCUAUGCCUCCACUCUGUCCUAUUGGAAGUCAUCCAAAGGCUCAAAGCCCAAAGACUGUCGCUGGAGGGCUUGGUGCAUUUACAAAGGUGAUUAUAAAACAAGAACCUGUUGAACCUUCUCAGCAGCAGGAAAACCCAUCGACGUCGCAGCCACCUAUCCAGCAGAUUGUGACAGUGAAGGGUAAUCAAAUGAUUGCUGUGUCUCCGCAGAAAAAUCUGAGCACGUCUGAAGGUUCCAAGAUUGUCAGCAUUCCAGUUGGCUCAGCAGUUCCGGCAGCCAUUAAACCAUCUGUGACCAUAAGCGGGGGCCAAAUUUUGGUUGCCAAAGCGACUCCUUCCACUGCCAAAGUGGUUGGUCAGAAGCAGAUGGUUGCUCAGGGAGUGGCAAAAGCUGUUGUAAGCGGCGGGAAUGUUAUAGCCCAGUCUGCGCAGGGCUUAUCAAAAACCCAAGUAACAACAGCAACUGUGAAAUCUGGAUCCCAAGGAUCUGUGAUGGCGACUCUACAACUACCAGCUACAAAUAUUGCAAACCUUGCCAAUCUACCUCCUGGAACCAAACUUUACCUCACAACCAACAGCAAGAAUCCUUCCGGCAAAGGAAAAUUGCUUCUCAUACCCCAAGGGGCCAUCCUGAGGGCAGCAAACACGGCUAAUAUCCAGUCUGGGGUGUCCACCAGUAGUAAUGCAACUGGUGCUGCAGCUACCACCAGUGGAUUACCACAGCACCUCACCUACACCUCCUAUAUCCUGAAGCAGACGCCGCAGGGAACAUUUUUAGUUGGACAACCGUCUCAACAGGCAUCCGGGAAGCAGGCAGCCCAGAACGUGGUAGUCCAAGGGAAUGCGGCAACAGCUGCCCAGGGUCAGGUCUUAAAAGUAACCCCUGGACAGAAGACCAGUGCACUUGUGCAGGGAAACAGUGGAUCAGCUUCACAGCCAAAAUUAGCAGAAAGUGUGCUAAAAUCUCUGCCGGUGGCUUCCCAGACACAGAAACCAGGAACUACUUUACUGAGGGUAGCAGGGGGCAUCAUAACAGCAGCUGGUUCAUCGCUACCGCCUCUGUCUGGUAAUGGACCUGCACAGCAGCCUGUAGAAGCAGCCAGCUCCCCCGUCUCCCAUAGUAAUUCCUCCAGCAAGGUUGCGUUACAACAGCAGCCAAAUGUUCCCAGUGCAGCGCAUGUUAAGUCAUUGGUGGUCAGUAAACCCAGCACUUCUUCUGCUCCAGCGACUACCUCUAGAGCCACACCAAGUCCCGCACACUCCACUUCAGUGCUAACAGUUAAAACUGAGCCGGAUACACCUGUUAACUCCGGCAAUGCGCUUGCAUUUAGCAUUGGAAAUGCGCCAGUAAAGACGGAAGACAAUUUGGACAUAGAAACCUGCUCUGUGAAAACGGAACACGUACAAAACUUCAAACAGCUGCUGACAGCCACCGUGAAGAAGGUCCCACUUAUAGCUGAAAAAAGUGAUGAUGGGUAUGCUUUCUGCGCAAGCUCGGUGGAACAAUACUACAGCUGGAACAUUGGGAAGAGGAGAGCAGCAGAGUGGCAACGGGCUGUGACAAUGCGAAAAAUGCUGCAAGACGUCAUUGAAAGGCAGCCAAAGUUCAGUAACGUCAGCCCACUGAAAACCAAGCAGAUUGUCCACUGGUGUCGCAUCCACGGCUACACUCCUCCAGACCCAGAAACCACUGGGGAUGAUCGAGAGUCAAUUGAGGAUGUGCUGACUCGUAUAGACAAUGAGUCAGCCUUACCCACAUCAUACUCCUCUGCGGAGGCUCUCUGUCGAAAAGUAGAAGAACUCGAGAGGAUUUUGAAAAAGGAAACCGAAGUCGAAGAAGACGUGGAUAUUCUGAGUACAGACGAAGAACAGAAGCAGCAAAGUGAAAAAGAGAAUGAAACGGUCGAUGAGUUAAAAUAUUAUCUGACACCCAGUCCUGCCUGUGAGUUCGUUAGAGACACGGCACAAGAGAUUGGCGUCUCCUUACAACCAAUCGAAGUGCAAACAAAUAUUUACGCUUCUCCUGUCGAAGAAAUGAUUUUAAAGGCUACUGAACAGUUUGUGAGUGACAUACUCCGCGAUGCCUUAUCUAUUGGAUAUCAAAUGACCUCUCGCAAUCGAGCGCCAAGAGAAGUUACGGUUACCAACAUCCAGCAAGCAAUCUGCAACAUUCCGUUAUUUGACUUUCUCACCAACCGGCACAUGGGUGCGUUAAACGCGGAUAACGAUCUUCCUUUGAAAUAAAAUAUCUGCGCUUCAGAUUGUCAUUAACCCACAUCAAUAUAGCCAGCACGACGUGAGCCAUCGGGAUCCUGCGCGGCCGGACCUGUGACUCUACAGCACCGAGUGACCUGCGGUUUUACAAUGCUUGCUAUACUAGUGUAAAUAGUCAAACACAUAGGUGAUAAAUGUGUAUGUAUGUGUGUACAUAUUAUGUGUACUUUGUCUGUUUCAAAGGUGAAACAUUAAAGAAACCCCUUUUCUGCAGUAAA